GAAAUCUCGCGAUAAAAAGCGGUAUUUGCGGACUCGCGAGGCGAUAUAAAUAUACGGUGUUUAUGUUUGGCUACGAUUUGAACGUUUUCUGGCUCCUUUCGCUUUUCUUCCUCUUCCCUCUUUCUCAGUUCGCCAUGUCUUCAAAAUAUGCAUCUGUAGAUUUCGAAGUUUUCGGCGAUGUUCAGGGUGUGUGCUUCAGAAUGUGUGUGGAAGUCUGUGAGUGUCUGAGUGCUCAUGUGACUGUGCAGUACACAGAGGAUCAGGCGAAAAAGCUCGGCGUGAACGGCUGGGUGAAGAACACCAGACAGGGCACCGUGAUCGGCCAGGUCCAGGGCCCUCCAGAGAAAGUCAGCGAGAUGAAGCACUGGCUGAGGUAUGUUGGCAGUCCCAGCUCUCGUAUCGACCGUGCUGAGUUCACUAACGAGAGGGACAUUUCUAAACUGGAGGUCCGUGGAUUCGGCACUCGUUAUUGAAUUCCACCUCCACGACAACGGCUCCUUAACCUUUUCAGAAAGCGUUCAUAAAGAAUUCAGUCAUCCUAUCCUCCCUGCUGAGUCACCUUCAUUACCAGACUGUUAUAUUUAAGCCUCAAUGAACAAAGCAUUUAUCAAAAUGUAACCAAAGACUUAACUAUUGCAUUAUUAAUACAUUUAUAUUUAUUAGUAGAUUUUCUGUAUGUAUAAAACCAAGCAUUAAUAUUUACAAAUUAAAUAAACUAUGUUUAUUUCAUUAUUUCUUUACUUAUGCUGAAUCUGUGACUUCUCCAAACUUGUGUUACAGUACAGAAUUGCCAAAUGAUUGUUUGCAUUUUAACGAACCACUCAGAAAUAAAGCAUUAUACUGGAAUCCA